ACUGCUCACGUGACCCAGCAAGAUGGCGACCACAAUGCAGAAUGGAUGUGAAUGAUUUAAACUAAGCGGGUCCCUUUUACUGGAAAUUUGGAUCUGCUGGUUAAUUGUUCAUCAUCAUAUCAGAGAGUCAAGAUGGCCUUAAAUGUCUUUGAUCAUGAUGAAUACAGGCCACCGGUGUGGAAGUCUUAUUUGUACCAGCUCCAGCAGGAGGCACCUCACCCACGCAGAGUCACCUGCACCUGUGAGGUGGACAAUCGACCUAAAUACUAUGGGAGAGAGUACCAUGGGAUGAUCUCCAGAGAAGAGGCCGACCAGUUACUGAGUCAGGCCGAAGGCAGCUACCUCAUCAGAGAGAGUCAGAGACAGCCGGGCACAUACACACUGGCUCUGAGGUUUGGUAACCAGACGAGAAACUUCCGUCUCUACCAUGACGGGAAGCACUUUGUUGGGGAGAAGAGGUUCGAGUCCAUCCACGACCUGGUCACAGACGGCCUCAUCACGCUGUACAUUGAGACAAAGGCAGCGGAGUACAUCGCUAAGAUGACCAUAAACCCUAUCUAUGAGCACGUGGGCUACACCACCCUGAACCAGGAGCCCACCCUGAAGAAACACCUGCCACACAGCCCCGAGGCCCCCGAUGGACCUGCUCCGGCCAAAGAUGAACGCAACGCAGAGGAGAGGCUCACGUCGCUGGUGCGGCGGGCCACCCUGAGGGAGAGCGACUUGGCACCCAAGUACGAGAAGGUCCACAACUUCAAGGUUCAUACAUUCAGGGGACCCCACUGGUGUGAGUACUGUGCCAAUUUCAUGUGGGGUCUCAUCGCUCAGGGAGUCAAGUGUGCAGACUGUGGGUUGAAUGUCCAUAAGCAGUGCUCCAAAGUGGUGCCAAACGACUGCCAGCCGGACCUGCGGCACGUCAAGAAGGUGUACAGCUGCGACCUGACCACGCUGGUCAAAGCCCACAACACCAAGAGGCCCAUGGUGGUUGAUAUGUGCAUACAGGAAAUUGAGGCUAGAGGUCUUCAGUCAGAGGGUUUGUACAGAAUAUCAGGCUUCAGUGAGCUAAUUGAAGAUGUCAAACUGGCUUUUGACAGAGAUGGAGAAAAGGCUGAUAUUUCCUCAAGUGCUUACGAGGACAUCAAUAUCAUCACCGGAGCCCUCAAACUCUACUUCAGAGAGCUGCCUAUCCCCCUCAUAACAUAUGAUGCCUACCCACGCUUCAUAGAAACCGCAAAGAUUACAGACCCAGAAAAACGGCUGGAGUCUCUCCACGAGGCCUUGAAGCUGCUGCCGCCAGCUCACUGCGAGACACUGCGAUACCUCAUGGCUCACCUCAAGAGGGUGACCGAGUAUGAGAAGGAGAACCUCAUGUCCAGCGAGAACCUAGGCAUCGUCUUUGGCCCAACAUUGAUGAGGGCCCCCGAGCUGGACGCCAUGACGGCGCUCAACGACAUCCGAUACCAGAGACUUGUUGUGGAAACGCUCAUUACCAACGAAGACGUGUUGUUCUGAGAGGAAGGAAAGGAAAUCAUUCUUCUAAGGAGGAGAAAUUGAGAAGAUCCAUUUGUCCUCUUAUGAAAAGAUGGAAGAAAAAGUGACCUGUUGACUUUUGAUAAGAAAAUGAAGGAGAAACCUGCAAGACACACGAGACUGGCGUCUUGCUAGACAAAAAAGACACUACCUGUUUUCUGUGUGGAUAAAAGGAGCAAUGAAGGAAGUGGCUAUUUGCAAAGAAGAAAUGAAAAAAAAACAACUCAAAAGAGGAGACUCAAAACAUAUAAUGGCUUUGAGGGAAGGAGUAGAUGGAUGGACGUAGUGUUUCCCCACAUUUUUGAUGUAAAACACAAGCAAAAUUUUAGCCAAACGAACUUGAAGCUUCCAAAAUUUGUAAUGUUAAAACUGUACAAAACUAAUUACUGGAACACUGAAGACUGGGAAGAACAAUUUUCCAGCGUCACUCGAUAGAAAUAAAUAAUUAUCUUUCUUACGAACACUACUUUGUUUAUGUAGGGGAAACACUGCGAUCCAUCUUUAUGUUAAUAUCCUCUCUUUCUUAAAUGAAUGCCUUGACAUUUUUUUACUUUUAAUUUUCCUCAGCAUACUUAUUUUAAGUUGGAGGUUAAUGAAAAUCAGCUACCUUAAGAACCUUGGGUUAGCAUUGUUAGCGUUUAUUACAGAAAGCAAAUGAUUCUGCCUGCCAACAAGCUAAUGAGGAAGUGUCGCCAAUGGUUUCUAUGGAAGACUCAAGAAUGCUGCUUCCUGAUCAAUGUAAUGACCAAUGUUUUCCUCAAAUCCUGGCCGUAAGAAAUGUUUUUCUUUACUUUCCAAGGUGUCAAGGUGUCCAUUUAGUCCUCCUCAAGAGAAGAAGAAGAAGAAGCACUGACGUCAUAACAGUAGACAGCUGGAUGAAUGAAUGAAAGAAUGAAUGGAAAAAGUGAAUCACUCACCCAUAAUGCGCACUCAUUCCUCUCAAUGGAACUUAAGUGACUCGGACCUAUUGUGUUUUCAUUCCUUAUUUUUUAGAAACUUUUUCUUUCCUUUACAGCUCCCUCUUCUGCUCCAUCGACUGAUGUGUAAUUAUACAGUGAUGCUACACUAACAACAUAGUUUUUUUUUAGUCGCUAAUAUAGAAAAUCAAUGUCAACUUACCCUUUUUAGUGUCGUAUUGUAAGCUUUUGUUGAAGAAAUGUUUUCCAGUUUUGUGGCUGUGUAAUUACACCCAGUGAUGGAGCUGUAAAUUAAAUGAUAACAUUUUUUUUCUCUAUCUCUGAACCAAUCCUGUGUUCUCUCUCUCUUCUCCACCUGCCUGCUUUGCUUCUGAAGGUGAAAAUUAAAAUUCAAUGUCAUGCAGACCUCUUGAAAUUUAGCCUCUUCUAGGAAUUAAAUUGUCAUAUUUCUCCAAAAUGUUACUACUCGUUGCCUGUGGCGUGAACACAUAAACAUACGGCACAAAAUUGUGCCAACAACAGUUUAACGAGAGAAAUCCAGCAUAGACAACAUGGCCAGACAUUACACACAGUAUUUACCAGUAUUAGUCUGGCAGCUUGUUUUCAUUUCAGAUCUCAUUUAGACAGCUUUAGUUAUCGAACAUUACACCAGAGGCAGACAGUGAAGAGAGGGACGCAUCGUAAGUGACUUGAAACAUGAAUAUGUGAAACAGUGCUUUAUGUUGUUUUUGCUUUGGUUAGUUGUUUUUAUGAAGCAGUAUUGUAAUUAAGCAGUGUUAUGAAACUGAUUUAGCGCUCAAAAUACUAACUGAAAUUCUUGAUCGCUUGCCCGGAUGCAAUUCAACAGAUGGAGACAUGCUUUAUUGGCCUGUGAGGGAUAAUUCAUAGACUCAAAGUGGGGAUGCACCAGUACCAACAGUGGUGGUUUUCAACACCAGAUUAUUUGAAAGUUUAAUGUCAUGUCCCAUCCCUAAAAUUAAAGCAAAGAAGUUCAUUAAAACAGAAACUCACAAUGUUAAUUACUCACAAUUAAAGUGGUGCUGGUGCUUCCCUUCCUCAGUGUGCUAGUUGACAGUGAGGGCAUAUUGUAACUCCACUGACAUGUUUCAUAUCCAGCUGCAACCAUUUAAUAUAACUGUGAAAAAUAAUAAUGCUUACACAUGUGUAAAGAAGGCCAGUUGGAGUUCUAGUUUUAGUUAAUACAUUUUUGACUUGUUUUCCUCGUUUAACUCUCCCGUCUGCAGACUGUGUGAUAUUACCUAAAUACAAGACAUCUGUAAGCAGAUGCCAUACAGAUGUGUGAAGAUCAGGUACCGGCUAAACAUUGCACACUGAAGGUUUGCUGUAAUGUUUUGACCGUGCUCUGAUGUGGGUACAAACUGUGGGAUGAUAAUGGUAAUCAAAUGUCAUAUGAAGGAGUGUAUUUGCCAUGUUUUGUUUUUUUUCCUUUUAUUGAAUCUAGUGCCAUUUGAAAGGUUGGAAGUAUAGAAUGGAUGCCUUCUGCAUGGACCCCCACCUCAACUAACACACUUAACACCGUCUUCAUUCAUUUCUACCCCCAUUUCUGUCGGGGGUCACUGAUUAACUAUUCCUAAUGUGUUUCAUUUGCAAAGCAGCGACAACCCACCAGGCUUCAAGACCCAUUUCGCAAAGCAAAGGCAGAGUAACAGUUGUGCAAAAUCAAGCACACCCAUGCUGGGUUGGGUGUGACAUCAGCAUUUUAACAAAUCUUGAUUAUGUUUUGAUUAUCGCCUGCUCUUUGUUUUUUACUGUUGUGCUGACUUUGUUUUUCAUUCCUUCAGGGUGAAAUGUAGCCCUGCUGAUUAAACCAUGUACUAACUCAUCUGACUAAUCCGAUUACAACUAAUGAGCCUUCAGUGAUCUGUGACACUUGCGUUUUUUUUGUUUUUUUUUCUUGGCAUCAUGAAAUAUCUUUUUUUUUAUUGUCAUAUCUGUAAAGUAUUUUCUAUAUGGUUUAUGCAUGGUGAAAUUAAAUUAUUAAAUAUGGCUUUCAGUU